GCGGCGGCGGCCGGGAUGUACCUGGCAGCGGUCUCGGCGGGGAGGAGGCGGCCGGGCGGAGACGGCGGCGGAGGUGGCGGCGGCUGGCACCUGGCGGCGGCGGGGUGGCUGCUGCUGCUGGCGCUGCUGCUGGGCCAGCCGGGGACGCGGGCGCUCGUCUGCCUGCCCUGCGACGAGUCCAAGUGCGAGGAGCCCAAGAGCUGCCCCGGCAGCAUCGUGCUGGGCAUCUGCGGCUGCUGCUACAUGUGCGCCCGGCAGCGCAACGAGAGCUGCGGGGGCGUCUACGGGCUGCACGGCGCCUGCGACCGGGGGCUGCGCUGUGUCAUCCGCCCGCCGCUCAACGGCGACUCCAUCACCGAGUACGAAGUGGGCGUCUGUGAAGAUGAAAACUGGGAUGAUGACCAGCUCCUUGGAUUUGAGCCAUGCAAUGAAAACCUUAUAACAGGUUGUAACAUAAUCAACGGGAAAUGCGAAUGUGACACCAUUCGGACCUGUAAUAAUCCAUUUGAAUUUCCAAGUCGGGAUACUUGCCUGUCAGCCUUGAAAAGGAUUGAAGAAGAGAAACCUGAUUGCUCCAAGGCUCGCUGUGAGGUCCAGUUUUCUCCUCGCUGUCCAGAAGAUUCCAUCUUGAUUGAAGGUUAUGCUCCUCCCGGGGAAUGCUGUCCUCUCCCAAGCCGUUGUGUGUGUAAUCCUGCAGGCUGCUUGAGGAAGGUUUGCCAGCCUGGCUAUUUGAAUAUAUUGGUUUCUAAGGCAUCAGGAAAGCCAGGGGAAUGCUGUGAUCUCUAUGAAUGUAAACCAGUGUUCAGUGUGGACUGCAGCACAGUGGAAUGCCCUCCUGUUCAGCAAGUGGUUUGCCCACUGGAUAGCUAUGAAACUCAAGUCAGGCUGACGGCUGAUGGCUGCUGUACCCUGCCUACAAGAUGCGAGUGUCUCUCUGGUUUAUGUGGUUUCCCCAUGUGCGAGGCAGGCUCCGUUCCUCAAAUAGUCUCACGUGGAGAUGGAACACCUGGCAAGUGCUGUGAUGUCUUUGAGUGUGUCAAUGAAGUGAAGCCAACUUGCAUAUUUAACAGCAUGGAAUAUUAUGAUGGAGACAUGUUUCGAAUGGAUGCUUGUCGCUUCUGUCGGUGUCAAGGUGGUGUCUCUAUUUGCUUCUCUGCCCAGUGUGGUGAGCUACACUGUGACAGGUAUUAUGUGCCAGAAGGAGAGUGCUGCCCAGUCUGUGAAGACCCAGUUUACCCUGUAAAUAAUCCUGCUGGCUGUUACGCCAAUGGUCAGAUCCAAGCUCAUGGAGACCGCUGGAGAGAGGAUGACUGUACUUUCUGCCAGUGUAUCAAUGGAGAUCCUCACUGUGUUGCUACAGCCUGUGGGCAGAGCUGUUUGAAUCCUGUCAAAGUACCAGGAGAGUGCUGCCCAGUAUGUGAAGAGCCAACUUACAUAACAAUAGGUCCACCCACCUGUGAGCUUUUGGUGAACUGCACUUUGACUGAGAAAGACUGUAUCUAUAGUUUCAAACUGGAUCAAAAUGGUUGCCGCAUUUGUCAGUGCAAAACCAGAGAAGAACUCUGUACAGGCCUCAUAUCAGGCUGCUCCCUGGACUGUUCCUUUGGGUUCCAGACUGAUGCCCACAACUGUGAGAUCUGUCAGUGCCGUCCACGGCCCAAGAAAUGCAAGCCUAUUGUAUGUGACAAGUACUGUCCCUUUGGAUACUUGAAGAACAAGCAUGGCUGUGAAAUCUGUCGAUGUAAGAAAUGCCCGGAAAUGCCUUGUGGUAAAAUCUGCCCAAUGGGUUUCCAGCAGAACAGCCACGGUUGUGUUAUCUGCAAAUGCAGAGAGGCAACUGCUUCUCUUAUGCCUCCAGUUAAAACAGGCUCUUGCCUGUCAGUGGAUGGGCGCCGACAUGAAAAUGAGGAGAGUUGGCACGAUGGAUGCAGGGAAUGUUACUGUCACAACGGACGGGAAAUGUGUGCCUUGAUCACCUGUCCUGUUCCUAAUUGUGGCAAUCCCACCAUACAUCCAGGGCAGUGUUGCCCAUCAUGUCCAGAUGAAAUAGUUGUGCAGAAGCCAGAGCUCACUAGUCCAUCAAUUUGUCAUGCUCCUGGUGGGGAAUACUUUGUAGAAGGAGAAACAUGGAACAUUGAUUCUUGCACACAGUGUACAUGCCACAGUGGACGAGUCCUUUGUGAGACUGAAGUCUGUCCUCCUCUUCUUUGUCAAAACCCCACUCGCACACAGGACUCCUGCUGUCCUCAGUGCCCAGACGAGCCUCUUCAGCCUUCUUUGUCAAGCAAUGUGAGCAUGCCCAGUUAUUGCAAAAAUGAUGAAGGAGAUAUUUUUCUGACAGCUGAGUCCUGGAAGCCCAAUGUCUGCACCAGCUGCAUCUGCAUGGAUGGUGUAAUUAGAUGCUAUUCUGAGUCUUGCCCACCAGUAUCCUGUGAGAGACCUGUUUUGAGAAAGGGACAGUGUUGUCCUUACUGUAUUGAAGACACAGUACCAAAGAAAGUGGUCUGCCACUUCAGUGGAAAAACAUACGCAGAUGAGGAGCGUUGGGACAUCGACAGCUGCACGCACUGCUACUGCCUGCAGGGCCAGACUCUCUGCUCCACUGUCAGCUGCCCACCCCUCCCCUGUGCUGAACCCAUCAAUGUGGAGGGAAGCUGCUGUCCUAUGUGCCCAGAGAUGUAUGUACCUGAACCUACUAACAUCCCUAUUGAGAAGACAAAUCAUCGAGGAGAUGUUGAACUAGAAGUGCCAAACUGGUCAACACCAAGUGAAAAUGACAUCAUCCACAUUCACAGAGACAUGAAUCAUCUCCAGGGAGAUUACAGAAGUGGAAGUGGACCACACCCCAGUGAAGAUGCAUCAGUUAGCUCUGUUACCUUGGUGACAAUUCUAAUCACGAUAGCGCUGUUAGUAAUCAUCAUCUUUCUGCUCAUCAAUCAGAAAAAGCAGUGGAUUCCAGUGUCCUGCUACAAAGCUCCAACAAAGCCAUCUUGCCUAAACAAUCAACUGGUAUAUGUGGACUGCAAGAAAGGUACCAUGGUCCAGGUGGACAGUUCUCAGAGGAUGCUAAGAAUUGCAGACCCAGAUUCAAGAUACAGCGGAUUUUACAGCAUGCAGAAACAGAACAACCUACAGGCAGAUAAUUUCUAUCAAACAGUUUGAAGAAUUGCACCCUUACCAAGGAUUUAAGAACGAGAGAGAGAGAGAGAGAGAAAGAGACUAAGUCUGCUAUUAAAAUAAAGCUAGAAUCGUG